GUGAGGGGCUGGAGCACAGGGGUAUAGUGGGCUGCAGUAAGCAGUGGCACCUUGAGAGACUCAGGCCAGCAGCAAAAUCAAGCUGUGACAAUCAGGGCAAAACCCAGCAAACAUCAUGGCUGGAAACAAACAGAGUUGCAGCUCCUGUAAGCCUAGAAGACAGCGCCUUUCCCGUUCCAGAAGAGCGGAGCUGCAGUUUCCUGUUAGCCGCAUGGAACGCUGCCUGCGAGAAGGUCAGUAUGCCCGGCACCUGAGCUCAACCACACCUGUUUUCCUGGCUGCUGUUCUCCAGUACCUGACAGCCAACAUCCUGGAACAGGCAGGCAAGGAGGCCCAGAACAGCCACAGGGUGUGCAUCACCCCAGAACACCUGAAGAGAGCACUGCAAAAGAAUGAGCAGCUCAGAUGGAUCUUGGAAGAGGAAGAUGACAUCCACUCUCAGGAAGAAGAAAUGCCCCAACCUGAGGAGGAGGAGGAGGAGGAGGAGGACGAGAGAAUGGAGAAGGAGGAAGAGGAGAAAAAGGAGGAGGAGGAGAAGAAGGAGAAGGAGAAGGAGGAGGAGAAGGAGAAGAAGAAGGGAGGAUUCCUGAGUUUCAGAGCCGUGCGGGACUUCAUCAGCAACCUCUUCCAGCUGCUAAAAUUCCCAUAGAUGAAAGACCCCAGGUUGCUUCCAUCUGCCCAAGCUAUUAAACUGUGUAAAUGCAUGACAGUG